CGAGAGCCCGUUUAGUCUACGUGAAAGAGCUGAAAUUGUCGGGCUUGACGUCGGUUCGCUCGUACCCAAAUUGGCCAAAUUUGUCGUGUUUUCCGGCGCGUUCCGGGUCGAAAGUGUGCGCAAAGCGGGGCUGAGUGUGUGCGGGGGUGAUCUGAAUUGAAAUUUGGCCACUUCCGGUGGGUUUUCCCGGGGAAAAGUGCGUAUUUCCCUUCGCGACGUGUUUCCCCUUUCGCGAGAGUGACGUUUCCCAGCACGUCCACACACAAGCAGGCGACGACAAGACGGGGUGUGUUUUUUUGUUGUGUGUGAGCGAUGGCGAUGCGGUUGUGUGCGUGAGAGCAAAGGAUUACACGCACACACACACACAGCGGCAAGGGGUUGAUGAUAGAAAAGUGUGAGAGCGCGAGCGCUCAGUGAGAAGUGAGACGGGGGUGAGCAAGUGAGCAAAUAUUUCCGAGUGUAAAGAAGCAAAACAAAACAAAAUAAGCUGGUGUUUGUUAUUGUCAAAGUUUCCCGGCGAUGGUGGUGUGGCCGCCGUUGUCGUCAUCGUCGUUGUUGUUGUUGUUGAUGCUGUGAUGCGAUUUAAAGAUGGCGACAGCAAACAACCGAAGUAGGCACGUUGAUGGGGGUGGGGGUGGUGCAAGGGGAGGGGGAGCAGGUGAGGGUGCCUUAUCGAAGCUGGCCUGCUCCCGGUCCUGCUGUGGGGACCUGUUCGGAUAUCUGCUGCGGCUUCGGGUCAGUCCGGAGGAGCUCGAGCAGCGGUACAAAUCGCGAGAGAUUGACAAGUUUCUCGAGAAGGAUAAGCAUGCGUUUCGGCGACAGGUUAAACUGCUGCUGCUGGGUGCGGGCGAAUCGGGCAAGUCCACCUUCCUCAAGCAGAUGCGGAUAAUCCACGGGAUCAAGUUCGAGCCCGAGCUAGUUAAGGAGUAUCAACAUGUGAUCUACCAAAAUAUAGUCAAAGGCAUGCAAGUGCUGUGCGACGCUAGGGAUAAGCUAGAUAUACCAUGGGAGAAUCCGACCUCCCAGCUGGCCGCAAACCAGGCGGUCAUGUUCCACAGCGGCAUCCUGCUGGACGCGGAACAGUUCCACCAGUACGUGCCGAUCGUGGCGAUGCUGUGGCAGGACCGGGCCAUCCGGCGGGCCUACGACCGGCGGAGAGAGUUUCAAAUUAGUGAUUCCGUUAGUUACUUCCUCGACGAUCUGGACCGGAUAUCGCGGUGCGACUACGUUCCCACGCACCGCGACAUUCUGCACUGCCGCAAGGCGACCAAGGGCGUAUACGAGUUUACAAUUAGAAUACAGAACAUUCCAUUCGUGUUCGUCGACGUCGGCGGCCAGCGAACGCAGCGGCAAAAGUGGACCAAAUGCUUCGACUGUUCCGUGACGUCGAUUCUGUUCCUCGUGUCGACGUGCGAGUUUGACCAGGUCCUGGCGGAGGAUAGAAAAACCAACCGCCUCGAAGAGUCGCGCAACAUCUUCGACACGAUCGUCAACAACACGACCUUCGCCGGCAUCUCGAUCAUCCUGUUCCUGAACAAGACGGACCUGCUGGCGCAAAAGGUCAAGAACCCGGACACGGACAUCCGCUGGUACUAUCCGCAGUUUACCGGCAACCCGCACUCGAUCCUGGACGUGCAGAACUUUAUCCUGCAGAUGUUUACGAACGUGCGCAAAAACACGAAAAAGUCGAUCUACCACCACUUUACGAACGCCGUCGACACGCAGAACAUCCAGGUCGUGUUUAGCUCCGUCAAGGAUUCGAUCCUCAAGCGGAACCUGACGGAGCUGAUGCUGCAGUAGAGAGAGAGAGGUUUGAGGUUUAAAGAAAAAAAAAAGUUCUUUGUUGAUUAUUGGUUAUUCUUGAAAGUUAGAAGAAGAUGAAAAAGUUAGCAAGAAGAGGGUUUAAGUUUUGCUCUAAUUUAUUUUUCAGCCCACCACCAAUUUUUCAUUUCGUUGUUGUUUCCUCAAUUUCAGAAAACGAAAAAAAAGCAGAUUUCAGUGUCGUUCCAGAAUGCAAUAAGAGCAACAAAAAAAGUGCAGAAAACGCACUUUGCAAAACAAAGUAACGCAAUUUUGAAGUUCAAGGAUUAGAAAACGAAAAAAACUAAACGAAUAAAUCUCAGUUUUUACUAGCGAUAGUCGAGUUCCAUGUUCUCUCUUUGAAAAUCUGAAAUGAGUCUCUCCUCGAGAGAUCAAACAACACAAACCUUACUGCCAUAUUUUUAAUCAGUUUUUUUUUUUUGUUCUAAACGGGUACAUUUAUUGAUGCUUUUAAAAUAAUGGCUACACAACAUAUUUUGUCAUUUGGUUCGAAUAAUUUAUGUUCGUUUUGUUGUCUUGUAAAUUUCAGAGUUUUUCUUAAAUUCAAGAAAAAAAUGCUUAGUCUGAUUUCCUACACAGUAUUUUAAAAAAUUUCACACUUCUUCACGUUUAAAAAAACGAUGAGUGCUAAAAAAUCGAGUUUUUUAACGCAAUUUUGCAAUUCUGAACAAAAUUUUGACGCCGUGUGUGUUUGGUCAACUCUAAAACCAAAAUAUUGUAGAACAGUAUUACUUUUCGAUACAAGUGCUGAAAAAUUUAACUUUUCAGCGUUCAAAUAAGUGCUAUGAUGAACUUUUCAGCUCUGUUAUUUUUUCUGAUGAUAAGUAGGUCAUUUCGUCACUAUAAAAUGUUUGGAAAAGUAAGUUUUUUUAAACUUAAUUACAAAAAAGUUUAUGAUGGUGCAGUGUUCUAGCUUUUCACAAAUUUGUUACACUCUCUAAAAUAAAAUAAAAGCCUUUUUUAUAUCAGCUUUUCUUUACAAAAACUGGAGCUAUUGAUUUAUAUUCAAUUUUAUAUGUUUUAGUGCAUUUUUGUCCGCUAUAAUAAAAAUAUAGUUUUUCAGCACGAGUCGUACAGUUAUCCAACGAGGUUCACCGAGUUGGAUAAAUACGACGAGUGCUGAAAAAAUCCUCUUUUUGCCACGAGUUAUAUACAACAUUUUUUGCAAUUCUGGAAAACACCCAUUGAGUGAAAUUUAAUUUUCAUGUUUUUUGUCAAUAAACCGUGAAAAGUGUUACUUUUCGAAACAAAUGCUGAAAAGUUCAACUUUUCAGCAUUUAUUCUCAAAAGUGUUGCAAUUCGAUUCUGUUAUUUUUGGUACAGAAAAGUAGGAUAUUUCGUCGUUCAAGAAUGACAGGAAAAGUAAGUAGUUUCACGACGGAAUUGCAAAAACGUACUUUUUGGUUGUACAGUCAAUUUAACAAUUAAUUUGUAUUUGAUAUUUACGAAUUUUCCACAUGUUUUGCUAAAAGCAUUGAAAGCCUCACAAAAGCAUUAUCAGAAUGACGCCGUCAAAAAUUGUCAAAGCAUCAAUGAAUUUAUUGAAAUAUAUUUUAUCAAAAAAGAAAUAUCAAAAAAAAACUCCUGAUUUGAUUGAAAAUGAAAAAAAUAACUUUUAACAAUACAGAACAUGAAAAUUCACCAGAAACUGAUAAAAACUCACCAGUUUCUGGUGUAAUAAUUUUUUUUUUUUUAAUCGAAAUCUGUCCCUGAUUAAUAUUACCAUGAUUUUUUUCUGUGUAUUCCAGAAGGCAAAAUUUAAUGAAAAAUGUAUUUUCCUAAAAAAAAAAUGUGAAGUUUGGGAGCUUUUGCUGAAGGGGCAACUUUUGACUUGGUUGAUAAUUAGGAUGUCAAAUAAAAUUUAACUUCCCAGGUAUCUUUUUGGGAAUAUUGAGAGGUAUUGUUAUCUCGCAAUCUACGCCUUCUAUGACAAAUUUGGCAAUAGCAUCAGAAAAAAGCUUCAAAAACAUUUUUAAAAGUAGAAAUUUAAGGUUAAUUUUAAAAGGAAAGUUAUGUUUUGAGCUUCAAAAACAAACGUUUUUGGAAAGUAAUGUUGCAGUUUUCAAAAAAACUUAGAAACAUUAAACAAAAUUGAACUGCUAGCAUCCUUUGUAGAAAUAACCUUAAAUAUUUUGAAAAAAAAUAGUUAUUUCCGCCACCUCUAUUACGGACUUCACAUUCAACGAUCUGAAUGUUAUCUAUCAAUCAGAACCUGCAUCAUGAAGAGCUAUCAAAUUUCUUGCGGUCAAAACAAUCUUCAUUGAAGAAACUGUACUGAUCAGUGUUUACUUAUUGCGAGCGUUCAGGCAGUGCACUCUUGCGACUUUAGACAUUGUCAUUUAAAAACGAUAGGACGAAUUCGCCGACGAGCUGAGAAAUUUUUUUGUUGCAUUUUUGUGACUCAUGGCACGCAUUGUUCCACCAUCGAUUGAGAAGAGCUAAUGGUUUUCCAUCUUGAACUGUUGACUUUUUUUGAUUCUAGCGCCCCCUGAAUAUGCCCAUACCUUCUUGUAGCUCUACUCCCACCAAGUGACUGCUACCGAAUUGUGUUUAUCGCAUCCGACAUUUUUUCCGGCGUUCGAUAUUUUGGGAACGGUUCAUUGCCUCUUGUUUGAUGUGAUAACAGUUGGAUCGGUUAGCUUUUAACAUGCACAACCUUAGAAGAGAAACUGUUCUUCAAUGACAAACGUGCCAAGCAGUCCGAACCUAACCUUUAAAAUAAUAUAAAGUUGAUGAAGUAUUUAAAGCUUCUGGUGGAAUGUGAUCAUAUUUGUAUCAACAACGCGAAAACACAUUUACAUUUGCAGGGCAACACCAAAGAUAAAAUUCUUUCGCACUGCUCGUAUCAAGAAAAAUAACCUUUUGAAUCGUUUAAUGAAUUGAAAAGUUUCAGCAUUCGAGAACGGUAUGCAACUUGAGCCUUCGAAGAAACUAUAACCCGCAUAAUCAAAUACCAAAGGUGAAACUGUCGAAAUCAUAAGAAAAUUAUUUCUGGUAUGGUUACCAUUUGUGAUAUUGUUGAUAUAAUGUCACGACCAUAUAACAAAAUUAAAAUGGUACUAUUUCCCGAAUUGUUACACUUAUCUUGACAACUUGAGCAUUCGAAGAAACUAUAAGCUUACAAACAAACCAAAAGAACAUAAGAUCUUACUUCAGAAAGAGCCUUGUACGAUGUUAAGUAAAUCAUUGUGUGUGACAUACCCUAAUUGAAUAGUAAAUGCCGCCUCAAAUGAGAUUUAGUUUUUCUGAGCUUCAAUGUGAAGUCCGUAAUUGAAGUGUCGGUUACUCCUCAAUUUAUUUUUUGUUUCUUUUGAACGUCUUUUCCCGAUAUACGUUUAUUUUAUCGUGUCAAAUGAUGAAAUAUCUUGCUAGCCAAAACGCAUCCUCGUAUCAACACUCUCUGUAUUAUUCUUUUCUUAUGACUUUUUUAUUUGUUAAAAGAAACAAACAGUAUCGUACAACAGCAACUCUCUCAAUAUCGUUGUAAAUAGUAAAAAAUAAUCUCUUCAUCUACAAUAGAUAAAUUUACGACGAUCAAACGAAUGCACCACUAAAUCUAAUAAAACAAUACACUCACAAUUUACAUUCUAUGCCCUCAUAGCACAAACAUACACGCAAAUCAUCAUUAUCAUCAAUGGAAACACACUCACAAAAACGAUAAAAUAAAUUAGAUAAAUAACAUCCCUCAGCAAAACGCAAAACAAACAACAACAUCAUAAUUACAAUCUAAUGAAACCAAAAAAUAAUUUUAAAUAAAACACAUCAUAAACGCAGGUUAGCGAAGUAGAAGAAGAGAAAAACAAAUGUAUCGCUAGCUUUUAGUGAAAUUCAUCAAAACCGAACAGAAAUUGCAAUUAUCGAAACAUACUCAACGUCAUUCCUCUAAAAAAAAAUCAGUAACAAGCAGAACUUCCUCACAAUCACAAUCAAACAUGCACGAGAAGUCUAAAAUAACAGCGAGGAAAAAAAGGCUAAGUUUUGUGCCUUUUGCAAAUCGUUUUUUUUUUUUCGACAAACUUUUCGUUUUCUACACGCGAAAAAAAGAAGUUAAGCUUAAUCAAAACGAUAAUAACAUCGGAAACGGCAAACGAAUAAGACUUGAUUUUAAAACGAUCUUUUUGAAAGAAAACGCAACCUUUUUGGUGACGACGACUUUUUCUAGAAUCAAUUCGAUGUACGUGUAGCGAAACGUUUUUGAUAGCGAUUUUGAGACCCCACUUUUUCCCCCC